AUGUUUGAUCACCAGGACCGUGGCACGUGGCUGAGCGCUGACCGUCCCGAUACGUUGCGGCCGAUUAUUGCUCCAUCGAUUCUCGCAUCAGAUUUUGCACGACUACUUGAUGAGUGCAAGGAUGUCCUCUCGGUUGAAGGAGGUGCCUCGGAGUGGCUGCACGUGGACGUGAUGGACGGGCACUUUGUUCCGAACAUCUCCAUCGGCAUGUGUGUGGUGGAGGCCCUGCGGAAGCAUUUGCAACACACCUUUCUGGAUGUGCAUUGCAUGGUCAGUCACCCUGACAGGUGGGUGGACGAGAUGGCAAAGGCCGGGGCCUCGCAGAUGACAUUUCACGUUGAAGCAGCGGAAUGCCCAAAGGCAGUUGCACGUCACAUACGCGCGGCUGGGAUGCAGUGCGGAGUGGCGCUCAAACCGAAGACGCCGGCGAGUGCCGUGACCGAGCUCAUCGAGGAGAAGUUGGUAGACAUGGUGCUUGUUAUGACUGUGGAGCCGGGAUUUGGCGGUCAGUCGUUUAUGCAUGACAUGAUGCCGAAGGUCGCGGAACUGCGUCGGGCGUAUCCCCAUUUAAACAUUCAAGUGGACGGGGGUCUGGGUGAAAAGACAAUUGAUGCGGCCGCAGAAGCAGGAGCGAACAUCAUUGUGGCCGGAACGUCCAUCUUCAAGGCGGCUGUGAGAAAGCAGGCGACGGAGACGAUGCGGAACGCAGUAAAGAAGUCUCUCACUCCAAAAUAA